UUAUAUGUUUUACAGAUUUGCUAUAAUGCCUCUUCUUCUUUCCCUCUCUUUUUCUCUCGCUCGCGAAAUUGUUAUAUUAUCAUACAUUCGCAUUAGUUCUUAUCGCUCUUCUUGAUAACUGUUAGGUAGGUUUGAAUGCUGUCAAUAUUUACGUUCAAAUAGAAAAACUGUACGUCUCUUUCUUCGACCACUUCCAUCAGGCACUGUUCGACGAAAUAAUGUACACAUCGUCUUUAGUUAAACACGUUCUACCGUACAGAUCAGACACAAUGUCUUUGGAAUUAAGGGCUAGAGAAUUCUUUUGGAUUCAAGAAUUUUAUGCAAAAAAGAAAUCUAACCACAAUUUUCAAGUGGAAUGUCAAAUUUGCGAACAUGAUAUUAAAUACGCGUCAGUUGAUAAGUUUAAGAAACACAUGUCUGUUAUGCAUCAAGAUAAACUUAUAAUGGAAUGGGAUAUGCAACAUAAGCAUGAUGUGUGGAAAUAUUUUUACUUAACAAGAGAUGGAAAAUCAAGAUGUAUUGUAUGUAAAAUUGUGAUAUCUACAGGAUGGUCGACGCAUUUAUUACAGAAUCACUUAUCGACAAAUCAUGAGGACAAAGAUCUAAAGCCCUAUAGAUCACAAGAUUGGGCUUGGAAAUACAUCAACGCAGAAGAAAGUAAUAAUUUUUUUGGAAAAUGUAAGCUUUGUGACACAAAAAUGAGGUUUCCGUUGAUGCUCGAAAAUUUAAGAGAUCACCUCCGAAUACAUAAUUUAGAGAAACCCAUUAAACGAAACGUACCGAUGUUGGAAGAAAACUUUAAACAAUCGUUUUUGAUGGACAGCUUUUAUGUAAUAGCUGAAGAGGAUUUUCGAGUAAAAUGUAAGCAUUGUUUAAACCAGUUUUUAUAUGUCUCCAUCGAGACGAUUGAGGAGCACAUGAGCAAGCAUAAAGAUAUUUCCGAUUAUGAAAACUAUAUGAAGACGACGGAAGAAAGAAAAAUAGGCUGGAAAGGUAUGAGGUUCAUAGAUGAUAAUGCAGGUGAAAUAGAAUGUAUGGUAUGUCAUACAAUUUUGGCAAAUAAAUUAUGCAUAAACGAUCAUGAGAAACUACAUUCUACGAAGCUGCUCCGUUAUCAUACUUAUUGGGGAUUUAAAUACAUGAGACAAUUAGGAGAUUUGGCUAAAUGUACGAUUUGUGAAGAAAAUGUAAUACUUCUGUGGGAUGCGAGCCAUUUACGAAGUCACAUGUCAGAACAUCAUGCAAAGGAAGUUGAAGAAUUAUGUCGAGCAUUUGAAUCGUCACCGUCAUGCACUGUACUUUAAAAAAAAAAUAAACAUUUAUCUGUAUAGAGUUCGACACAAUUGCAAAUGAUGGUAGCGACUUUUUUAAGGAGCAUCUCGUGACCAGCAAUAACGGCAGAUUUGACUUUGACCGAAGUGAUUUCAAAUACAUGAAGACAUUGGCAUAUAAUUUGACUUAUUUGUCGCAUAUCAGUUUUAUGUUUAUAAAUAUAUAAAAUUUAUAAAGUUAGAUAUAUUUAUAAUUUAAAUGCAAUUUUUUUAAUUUAUAAAAUUCGAAACUAUAUUCAUAAUUUUAAACAAUAUUUAUAAUCUUAAAACAAGAUAUGCUUCAAAUUACGCUUUAAAGUAAAAAACUGUGUAUAUGCAUUUAUAAAAAGUAAAUCGACUUUAUUAUUACAACAUAACAUAAAAUAACGAUUUUUUUAUAGCGACGAAUUUUCGAGUGAUGUACUUAGUACAUACAUAAUAAAAAUAACAAAAAUCAGAUCAUUAGUAUUUGUUCGAAAAGUAUCGAAUCGUAUGCUUAAAAUACAUACAAUGCCUACGUCACUCGCUAUUUGAAGAAAGAACUGUUUGCUAUUAUAUAUUUUCAAUUGGACUUGAAAAUAUUACUUAUUUGUACAAUAUUUACAUGAAAAAUGUAGAUAUCAGAACCUUUAGCGAAACAAACAGGACCAUAUUAGGAAAGAAGUGGAGGAUUAUGUAUUUCGCAGUUGGGCAUAGAAGUAUUGCUUUUUUGUGCACAAGAAGACGGUAUUUCCAAAUCCAUGUACGAAAUGUAUAUUCCUUUAGUUUCUUUUUACAAUGCUUGUGUGAAUAAUUUUUGAAGAGUUUGGAUGUCUACAUUUUAUAUGACUUUAUGAAAUAAUUUUGAAUAAUCAUGUAAAUAGUAAAAUUUCGAAUAUACUGGUAAAUGCGCAAGAAACAAAUAUAAUACCCAUGUUAUUAAAAAUCAUAACGAAAGAGCGACUGUGACAAUUUUGUACAA